AUGGCAGCUUUAUCCUUGGGCAAUAAUGAGGAGACUACAAGCAUAUGUAUCCUUGAUUGGGUGAUGGCAGCAACAUCAGCAUUCCAAUUCGCAUCUUGGCAGACACAUCAAAGUGUGGUUUGGCAUAUCGGAGGCAAGGCAUGUUUGCGGAUACCAUGCUUUCAAAUGGAUGGCAUAUUGGAGCUAUGGCUUUAUAUUGGUCCUUUGCAUCCUCGACACAGUACUCGCACAAGAGCAUUACAACUUCAAACAUACAUGGAUCGUAUGGCGUUACAUCAGCAUUUACAUUUAAAGUCUGGAUUUUCUCUACAAUGUCAUGGCGAUCCAAAACUUGGCGGUGGUCCGGUCUAUGGCCCUUUUCAAAUCAUUUGUGGCUUGAUGCAUGCUUAUGGACAACAUUAUGAAAACACAAAUCACAUUGUCCACAUGGUCGACGCUGCAACCAAAGUCAACAACUCCAAAAUCGGCUAUGAAAAACAUGCAAUCAUUAAAUGCCCUUAUCAUGCAACAACGGUUCUGGUGAUCGAUUCUGGAUUUCCUAUGCACAACAAUUGCACGAUUCCACAUCUCAAAUCAAAUCAACAAAAGGCUCUCUUUUCUCUCUUACGCGCAUACACUCUCAUCAAUUAUUCAAUCAGCGCGACAUCAAACACAAAUCACAAACAUCAAAACAUUAUAGAACAAACAAGCCGAGACAAAAAGGUCCAUGGCAUCAAGACCAAUCUCGGGGAUAUGUAUCGGUUUGUCAUUCAAGGUCACAGGGCACCGUGCGGCCACCGAUUAAGAGUCGCCUGGCCGUUGGGUGCCGUGCUGAAUCGGUUCGACAAUCCCGACAUCACUCAAGUUGGCAUUCAACCUCAUCAAAUCCGAAAGAGCCUGAAAAAGAAGUACGUACAUGGAUAUCAACAUUAUCAAUGGAUACCAAAGUCUCAUCAAUGGCUUGUAGAAAUCAACAUACAAGAAAAACAAGAAAACGUGGGACUUGCAAGAACUGUGCUGGGAAGGCUGGGAUCACGCUGGUGCCGGUGUUGGACCCGAAUCGCUUUAGGCUACCACAAGCAAAAGAAUACUGAGAAUCAUAUAUGA